GACCAUCGUGUCUAAGUCCAACCUCCUGCCAAGUGCCAAGUCUGCAGCAGCUAGCAACUAACAGUGGCGAACGAACUGGUGCUCGGUCUGUUCGUAACCCUGAUCUCCCGCGCCGAACUGGUGCGCCUCCGUCUUCUGUGCCUCACUGUUGCAGGCUCGCAGCACAUCGCAAGGCUGAGAUCACCAUGCCCAACGCUUUAUUGGCUCGUGUCGCAGUGCUGUUCGCCGCCGGCUACACAGCGGCGGCGCUGGCCGCGGCCACGACGACGUUCGUCGUGGGCGACGACCAAGGCUGGACGAUCGGCGUCGACUACAUCGCCUGGGUCAAAGGCAAGACGUUCAAGGCCGGGGACAAGCUAGUGUUCAACUACCCGAGCGAGGAGCACACGGUGACGGAGGUGGGCAAGAACGACUACUUCGCCUGCGCCGGCGGCAGCGCGCUGAGCAACGACCGCAGCGGCUCGACCAACGUGACGCUCACGGGCGCCGGCACGCGCUACUUCAUCUGCAACAUCCCCGGCCACUGCACCAUCGGCAUGAGGCUCGCCGUCACCGUCGCCGGGGGCGGCUCGCCCGAGGUUGUCACAACACCAACUGGUGGCGUCGCUACGGGAGGCCGGGUGCGGCCGACGAUGGGCUCCGUCGUCGCUGCGGCCGCGGGGGCAUUGAUCAAACUCGCGCUGUCCUGAUGGCAGCGUGGCUAUUGACUGACUGGUAGUGGCAGAGUGACCCCACGAAAUCUCAGAGUGCAGUCGUACAGAUAUCAGUGCACGCGUGUACGUUGGGGCGGUUCAUGAUUGGCGUACUCGGUAAUAGGCCAUAUUUUGGUACGUUUUCCCGCGAUUGUUCGUCGUGCACCUCAUAUAUGUUCAUGCCCUCGCUGAUUGCUGAGUUGUCGUGUA